AUGGAACCUGUUCUACAAGUGCUCCAACAAUCACAUGUUUUACCUCCACGAGAUGAUGUAUUCUUCGAUGAUGACGAAGUCGAUGUUCUUCUCAAAGAGAUUCAUGGAGCUCUAAUCUUUGAUGUCUAUGAUGACACAAAUCCGAUCUCUGGCGCUUGUGUCUAUGAUGAGACAAUUCCGAUCUUAGGCGUUGGUGAUGGUACAUAUCUGAUUUGCGAUGAAGGCGAGAAUGCAAAUCCAGUGGAUAUCAUUAGUGAUGAAAUUUCGGCCAAUGUCUUCAUCGGCGUUCAUGAACAAGAGAUUGAGCUCAUCGGAGUUCAUGAGCUCCUAGAGAGUCGCAACACAAAUUUAUUUAGUCGUAGUGAUGAAGAUCUCUCCAACAAUGUAUGUGUUACUGUGGUUUUUGACAGCUACGAUGAUGAUCCCAUAUUUGACUUUCUUUUGGAAAAGUAUGUCCUACGAAGCUUGCUUACUAUGAGGGUCCAAUCCUCGAUACCAGGAAUUACAAAGAUCGAAGCUAUGACGUACACCACACAGCCGACAUAG